GUCCCUGGCGGAAGGGGGCGCGCGCUUUGGGUCCGAAGACCGAGUUGCCAUGGAUGGGGCCGUGGUAGCCGGUGAUCUGCUGACACUGGGGUACGAUGCCCUCCCGGAGGGGGAGUCUCGGGGCCCCGCGUGUGCGGACUUCAGGGCGCUGUGCGCGCGGCUGGCGACCGAGUUGACGGCUCUGGGAGCUCUGGAGCGGCGAGAGGAGGGCACCGCAGUGCUGGGCGCCGGCCACGGCCCGGACACAGAGGAAGAGUUCCUGCGGCAGUUGGCCGGUCUGCUGCGGGCGUUGCACUGCCCCGAUCGCGCGCUCUGCGGCGGAGACUGCGCCACCGUGCUGCGGGAGCCCGGCGGUGGCCUGCGCCUGCUGCGGUUUCUUUGCUCUGAGCUCCAGGCUGCCCGCCUCUUGCAUCUAAGGCUCCAACGGGAUCCUAGCCCUGUGCCAGCCUUUGAAGAAGGGACAAAGGAGGGAAAUGGUGUGGUUCAGGAUCUGAUGCUAACUCUUCAAGCCCUGGGGCUUCCUAGACCCCUGCGUGGAACCCUGGCUAGCCAGCUACUUCGGGAGUUCCAUGACAAGAUCUCUGAGCUGCUGCCUGCCCUGCCCCCAGAGUCCAUGAAGCCCCUCCUUAACACACCACUGAAUGCAUCACAAUGGGAAGCCCUGGAGUCUUUGUCCCAAAGCAUGACCAAACAGUACCGCUGCCGCCGAUGCCUCCUCCUGAAGCGUCUUGACCUUACAACAUCUGCUUUCCACUGGGGUGAUCGGGCAGAGGCCCACGGAGAGGUCAUGAAGGCAGUGCUGUUCCCAAUCCGAGGGCUUCUGACUCCAGAAUCUGAUGUCUCUACCGCGCAUGUCCUGGCUGCCCGAGCCGACCUUUCCCGCCUGGUCCCAGCUACCAGUGUGACUGCCCGACGAGGGACCAGUUGUGCAAUCAACAAGGUGCUUAUGGGUGAUGUGCCAGACCGUGGGGGGCGCCCAGGUGAGCUGGAAGCUCCCAUGCCUACCUGGAGGAGCCGAAGAGAAGAUGGAGGAAGGGGGAAGGCUGGCCAACAGCGCUGGGGCCGCAGAAAGAAGAAGAAGUAAAGGCCUUCGAGGGUCGGUUGCAGAUCCUGACACCACUGGCAAUCCUUCAGGAGUCACUGAGGGUUAUCCUUGGCAAGUCUAGCCUUCCCUGUUCCAGGGGAAAUGCCCUACACCCAGCCACCACUCAACACUAUGAACUAUGAACCGUGUUGUCUGAAAAAUAAAUUUAAUUCUUUUGAUGGUUA